AACCCGGGAAGAAAACGACGCGGCUCGGUUCUCCCCGCUGCUAUAAAUUUCGCUCCCAUCUCGCUCGCUCCCUUCUCUUCUUUCGUUCCAAACGAGACUCUUCUGACUGUGGAGGAAGGAGAGAGAGAGAAUAGGAGCGAUGGGGGCAGAGAGGAACAAUGGGAGUUGUAUGGCGAUCUGGUCGCUGCCGCCGAUCUCGAUCUCGAGGUGCUCUUAUGGCUCCUCAGUGAACUCAGAUGAUUCUUCAACAUGUGGAUCACCGAGAUGGAUUGGAAGGGGUCUUUCUUGUGUUUGUAUGAAGCGAAAAGUAACAUAUGAACGCAUCUGUGUGAAUCUCACACCUUUACAGGAAGAAAGACUUCAAAGACUGAAGCAUCGCAUGAAAGUUUACUUUGAUCCCCUUAGGAGAGAUCAUCAGGAAGCUCUCAGAGCUCUUUGGUAUGCAACAUACCCUGAUCAAGAACUUCAUGGUCUGAUAUCUGACCAGUGGAAGGAGAUGGGAUGGCAGGGUAGGGACCCAUCAACUGAUUUCAGGGGAGCUGGAUUUAUUUCAUUGGAGAACCUGCUCUUCUUUGCAAAGACAUUUUCUACUUCUUUUCAGAGGCUGCUGAAGAAACAAGGUGGUAAGCGAGCUACUUGGGAGUACCCAUUUGCGGUUGCUGGUGUAAACAUUACAUUUAUGAUAAUGCAAAUGCUGGAUCUGCAGUCUACAAAGCCAAGGACUUUUGUUAGAGCUGUUUUCAUCCAAAUGCUGUCAGAAGAUGAGUGGGCAUUCGACUUGCUUUACUGUGUAGCAUUUGUGGUUAUGGACAAGCAGUGGCUGGAAAAGAAUGCUUCCUACAUGGAAUUCAAUGAGGUUUUGAGAUCCACUCGUGCACAGCUGGAGAGGGAAUUACUAUUGGAUGAUGUCAUGCGGAUAGAAGACAUGCCAUCUUAUAACCUUCUUUGCUAGCACUAGAUGAUUAAAGUGUAUAGUCUCAUCUUUCCCCAUUUUCUUUUUUCUCUUGAGGGGGAAAAAAAAGAAAUCUGAUGACCUCUAACCCUUUAAACGAAAAGCAUUUGACGCAGGCACACCUUCCAUUUCAUCCUCAUAGUCUAUGUCAAACUCUCAUUCUCUCAAUCUCCCAACAGAUCCAAGCAUGCCUUGAAACACAGGUUGGAUAGAAUUUGUUUGAUAUUAAUUUAUUGUUGCAUUGUUAUGCAUUAUGUGAGCUUGUGCAUGAUGCUCGCCAGUUGUUCGAUGGAGAUCCUGAGAGAAAUUUGAUAAUUUGGACAAUGAUGGUCAGGCAGAAUUUCUCUCUCAAAUGAAGCUUUGUAGUUCCAAUGGAUGUCGAGCCAGGCAAAGCAACUCUGGUGCGUCAGUGCUCUCAGCUUGUCCUCGAUUGGGCGGGUUGAACUUGGGGUGGCAGAUUCACUCAUAUAUGAAUGGUAGGGAUGGCUUUGGUGGAGAUGCAUGCAUGCUAAGAAUGGUGGGGUUUCGGUUGUGCUCGAACUGUUUGGGGAAAUGCCGGAAAAAAAAGGAGGCCCAGCCUAAUAAUGUAUCUAAUGUGUGUCAGCUUGUUGCCGUGCCGGCUUGCCUGAAGUGGGUCAAUGGUGGUUGUAAGCCUAAAAUAGAGAGCUAAGGAUGCAUGGUUGAUCUUCUCGAAUGGAGUUGGAAGCUGAUGGAGGCUGAGAAGUUGAUUUAGGGGUUGAAAUGGCAAACCGAUAGUGUGUUAUUGGGAGUUUUGCUGGCUGCCUGUAAGAAUUAUGGGAAUAUCAAGAUUACAGAGAGGGUGGUGCAGGAGAAUAUGAAAUAGGAGCCUGACAACCACUGGGUUUAUUUCCAUCCAAUAUAUAUGUGGAGGUGGGGAGAUAGCAAGAUGUAGUGAGGUUGAGGAAAGUGAUGAGGGUCUGGAUGGAGUUGUAUGGAAGGUGAUCAGUAGUUGAAUGAUUUGUAUGUCUUCCAGAGUGCCUGUGCCAAAAUGUUAGGAAAAAAAAAAAGGUGCAGAUGAUUAUUGUUCCCCUGGCAGUGACACAUGAAUGCUAAUAUAUAAGCUGCUAAUUGCCAUAAUUUGUACACAUUGCAAAGAUAGCAUUUCUUCGUUAUUGAAAGUUAGCCUCAAAAACUUAAGUUGUUA